AUGGAGCUUCAAGAGUUAGAUAAAGAUCAGGAUACUCACCUUUGCCUGAAUUGUAAAACAACCAUUCCUGGCUUGUUAAACUAUGUGAAACACAAACAACAAGAGUGCUCAUCGCUAAAGAAGACACCUGUUUCCUUAAGCAUGGAUGGACCGACAAUUGUUAGUAAAAAUGUCUCUGAAAAUGCAGAGUUCAGUCACUUUGGAAAGAAGAAAUCCGAAAAAACAAAGACUACUAUUCAGCUUUACCCGCCAAGUACAAGUCUCACUGAAGUUGGGAAUAUUUUUGAAUCCAGCUCUGAUGAAGAGGUCUGGGGAAUGAAUGUUGACUAUGUGGAUGAUGCAGAGGAGGAAAGGCGUAGCUAUGGUGAUUCAUGUGAUGUUAGGACAGGGAAGAAUAGAGACAUUCUGGAGUUUGUAACCAAGAACACAACAGGAAAGAAAGCUACUGAACAAAAUGAAAUAGUAGAAGAUUCAACAAACCUGCGGAACUGUUUGAAAAUAGAGGAGGAUACUGUUUCAGACUUGUGUCAAAAUUCCAAGGGAGAACCAUUGACACUGCAGUAUACAGACAUGCAUUGUGCAACACAUACAGGACUAAUUAAAAGAAAACAAGACAAGCCAAUGAAGAGAAAGAGGAAUAAAAGCAAGCGUCACAGGUUUAAAAUUUCACAGAAAUUUGUCAACUCUAUUCAUGAUGAUCCUGAAUCUUGUAAGAAAUCCCCCAAAUCUGGCUUGUUUAAACAAAAACCAAAACAAAUGCAGAAAAAGAUUACAACCGCUAAAGACCCUUUCAAAUGUGAAUACUGUACCCAGUCAUUUAUUGAUAUGGCUGGCUAUAUGAAACACAAGGAAAAUGAACACCUUGACGAGGUGGAGAAUGGACGAAGCUAUGGGGGUAUGAAAUUGCGGAGAUUGAAAAAGAAGAUUAACAAAAUGGAUGAAUUAACUUCAGUGGUUUAUGAAAGCGAAGCGAUGCGAGAGAGGGACACGCCUGGCAGUGAUCAAGAGACCUCUGCCUAUAUGGGAGCACUGGGAUUACAGUCGUCAAAGACACAAGAAAAAACACAAACAUCUCCGAAAAGCAACAAGUCAGAGGAUAACAAGUUGGUGGAAGAUAUUUCUAAGUCUAUUGAUGAGCAGAACCCCGAAAAUGAAGAAUCUGAAAUGGAAGUUGGGACAACACAAGUUGGUGGAAAAAUCUCUUCGUUGAUUCACUGUAGUGAAUGUGAAUACUCGUCAGAGAGUAUAUACAGCGUACAAAAUCAUAUAAAGGAGAAACACGAUGAUGAUCAAAUGGACAGUCUGUUGCAGUGGCGUCAAAACGAGGACGUCUCAAAAUGCGAUGUAUGCAAUUCUUUAAUCUUGUCGUGUCGUUUGCAGCAUCAUUACAAAAGUAAAAUACACCGAAAACGGGUGUUGAAGCAAAGCGGUGCAGGUCCUCUGGAGAAAUGCACGACUUGUUCGAAGGCGUUCUAUUUACCUGAGGAUGUGACAAUACACAUGAAACAGCAUGUCGGUAAAAAUGUAAUAAAAUGUCUCAUCUGUAAGAUGAAGUUUCGCAACAAGGAUGAGUUGAGUACUCAUCAAGCGACUGAUGAUCACAUCCAGUUGCAGAAAUGGGAGGCAAAAUCACAUGAAUUGCAGGUGACCAGUAGGAAAGAGUGUAUGAACAAAGUUACCAAGCUGGUGAUGGUUGAUGGUAAAUGCCGAUAUCGAUGUAACAUAUGUCAGAGUGUUUUGGGAUCCAAAGGCGUGCAAGCGCACAUUUACUCACACACAGGUGAUAGACCCUUUAAGUGCCCUAUGUGUGAGCAGACGUACAAACUGCGAGAGGAUCUUAACUUGCAUAUUAAGUGCCAUUUAGGGAUAAAAGAAAAAAAAUGCCCACACUGCGAUUUCAGCACAGUGCGAUCAGGCUGUUUGAAGCGGCAUAUUGACGCCAUACACAAUAAGGGACAGGAAAAAAAUUUCAUAUGCGAGAUUUGUGGGGCACGUUUUUAUUCAAGUUCGCUUCUGAAAACUCAUACACAAAGCCACACAGGUGUUAGGCCGUUCACUUGUCCGUACAAAGGCUGUAUAUAUGCUGGUCGUCAUAAAGUUGAACUUCGUUACCAUAUGGAUACUCACACUGGGGAACGUUUGUUUCUAUGUGAUAUGUGUGGUUAUGGCGGUAAGACGAAACACGCGCUAACAAAACACAGGAGGACACAUAGUGGUGAAAAACCAUUCAAAUGUGACUUCACCGGUUGCGACUAUGCAAGUACUGUGUGUUCGCAUCUGAAGCGUCAUAAGCGCAAGCACAUGGGAUCCAAACCAUACAAGUGUCCCUACUGUGAACAUCGCACAGCGAAUAUUGAAAACAUGCAUAAGCAUAUAAGUAAGACGAACAAGCACCAGGGCAAGAAACUUCUUCAAUUGUCCGUACUGUAA